AUGGCUUCUGAGAGUUCGACACCUCCAGAUAUUCCUAUCAAAACAGAGCAUGAUAAUGAUGAGAGCGGUAUAGUUCGUCAGAGAUCGCACUCAAUUUCUCAUCCUCAUCCUCAUCCUCAUUCGCAUUCACAUGGCCAUCAUAGACACCGUGUGGCUCUCGCCAAGAAGCCUAUUCUUCCAGCGUUCUCCAACAAAUACCUGGACCCUAUUAUUCUUCAUUUGAUUUUGGCGUUUUUUGGUAUUGUGGGUGUUUUGGCAAGAAUUGGUCUUGACCGUCUGACUUCGUUCCAAGGGUCUCAUUAUGGAGGUGUCUUGUGGAGUAAUUUCGCUGGCUGCUUAAUCAUGGGAGCUUUGGCUAAGAGCAAAGACCUUUUCUCUGAUUUGAUAGUUGAAGAACCUGAUUUCAGUCGAAUCGUUGACAUUGUUGAACAUCACGGUUCUGAAAAACCCGUUUUACAUCGUGCUUUCAAGUCCAAGGCCGAGAUUCCACUUUAUGUAGGACUGGCAACCGGCGCUUGUGGAAGUAUCACCUCAUUCUCGUCAUUUAUCAUUUCGUUGUUUGAACUGAGUUCGCACCAACUUACUCCUGGGGUAGCUUAUCCGAACCCAGGAUAUGGUGUUCCUGUUUUUCUCAGUUAUCUCAUCGUGACUAUCGCAGUCUCAUUCUCGGGAUUUUAUUUUGGUCACCACUUGAUUGAUGCCCUUGAAAAGUCCCGAAAUGUCUCAUUGGCACGAUACACAUUACUUAUAGAGUUGGUGUUGUCGAUGCUGGGGUUGUUGGGGUGGAUUGUUGUGUUAGUUUUGACUAUUGUUCGAUCGGAAUGGAGGUACUGGACUUUCUCGUGUCUGUUUGGGCCAUUCGGAGUGUAUGCUAGAUUCUGGCUUGGAAAGCUUUUAAAUAAAAAAUCGACUAAGUUCUUCUUUGGUACAUUUGCUGCUAAUAUUUUUGCUUCGAUUCUCAUUUCUAUUCUAGUUCUUCUUCAGCACGGUAAAAGGCACUCUGGCUCUUUGUUGGUGCAGAGUGUACUACAUUGUCAAGUUAUUUCAGCUUUACAAGAUGGUUUCUGUGGAAACUUUUCUACUAUUAGUACAUUUGUAUCUGAACUAUCAGGAUUUAAACGCAAGAGAUAUGCUUAUUUCUAUGGAGGAGUCUCUAUUGGACUUGGCUUCGCUAUGGCCGUCUUAAUACUCGGUACAUACUCAUGGGCAGUUGGACUGUCGGAAUCUUCAGCUUGUUAA